AUUGUGAGCUUGCUCGAUUCUUGCGAACAUAACCAUCAUCAUUAUUUGUAUACUCCUCGACUGGAAUUUGCUCCCUGUAGCCCACUUGGUUUACGGCAAUGACUUCUGCAACAGCUCUAGAUAUUUCUUCGAACGGAAAUCAAAUAAAUGAGUACGAAGAACUAGGAACGAAACUGUUACAGGCCGUCAUGGCCUAUAGCCAGUGUUUGCGCAAAGAGAGCCUCCCAAUGCCCGGACUAUCGCCUAGCAACAUUGAGUCAACUGAGGCUCUUAGCGAGGGGGGCCUUCAAGAAAGGAUGAAGGUCAUUGAGUUUGCACAAAAAAUAUUGGCCACAACCAUGGAUCCAGCUACGAGCCUCCUAUUAGAUUCACUUCAGUUUCAUUUCUGUUCAUGCUUGAAGGUCGUUCUCGACUUGGGAAUCGGGCGUCAAAUUCCGAAGAAUAAGAAGAAGUCGGUGGAGCAGUUGGCUAAGGCAGUGGGAGCAGAUCGGGUGUUACUUACCCGUAUUAUGCGCGUUGUGAUGACAAAGCACGUCUUCGCAGAGCCCGAACCAGACGUCUAUUGUCAUACCUCCAUCUCGUGGACGAUGCAAAAGCCAGCUAUGUACUAUCUUCUUCUACAUCGCCUAGAUGAGGGAUUUCGAUCGGCAAGUCGAGAGCCAGAUGCACUGCAACUUAACGGUUACCGCGAUCCGUUCCCCAAUGAGACCAGUGGUUUCAAUCUGGCAUUUGAGUGCAGGGAAAACUUCUGGGAGUUCAUCGCCAACACUGAUAUCGAACGAGGUUAUCGAUUCAACCAAGCCAUGAAGGCCGUUACCAUCAACAAUUUGAGCGACAUACCGAAUCUCUUCCCAUUCGCGAGCCUUGCCGAGGACGGAGGCGUGAUAGUUGAUGUCGGCGGCGGUCUGGGUCAAGUCAGUCGACAGAUUCUUAGCUGUAACCCCGGAGCAGAGCUUCGUUGCGUGGUCCAAGAUAAACACGCAAUUGCCGAUCCACGACUCAAGGGGCUGCAAGAGAUAAAUGGCCACGAUGAAGAAUGUCCGGCUCUGGCUCUGGAUUUCCAACAACAUGACUUCUUCGAUCCUCAGCCGGUUACAGGCGCUGCAGCGUACCUCUUUCGACACAUAUUCCACGAUUGGCCUGAUGUAGCAUGCAUCAAGAUCUUAAGGCAGAUAGUUCCUGCCAUGGACGUGCAGCGCAGUCGUAUUUUGAUCUGCGAUCAAAUUGUAAAGGAUGAGUCCCCUUCAGCGUCAUCAGUUCUCUAUGACGUUGACAUGAUGACGCUGUUCGGCGGUAAGGAGCGUAGGUUGUCCGAAUUUCAUGACUUGAUCAAGGCGGCUGAUCAGAGACUCUACAUUCAUAAUGUGAAGAGAUCUUUCAAGUCCGCUACAACUAUGAUUAUAGUCAAGCUCUCAUCGUAGGACGGUCCUCCGUGACUCAGACCCUGUCAUAUGUUGAGGUGGAUGUAUUUCGCUAGAAUAGAUAAAAAUCCAAUUGCCC